GUUACAACAGCUUGGUUAGUUACAAUAGCCAGCCAACAUGUUCUUUUAUUCAGUUUAUAUUUACUUUUUGUUUAAUUUUUUCUGUAAUGUUUUGUGUAAAUGAAUAUUUUACUUUUUAGGACUUCUUUGGUUAAUGCAUCAAUUGCAUUACGCCAAAUUAAAAAGGGUAGAGCUUCGGGAAACAAAGCUGCCUUGGUAAUAAGAAGUAAAUUUCAGAAACAUCUUUAUGAUAUUGGAUGUGUAACUCAACGAAAUCCAGGAACUGUUUUAUUUAUUGGGCUUUUAGCCCUUUUAAGUGCACUAGUUGGAUUAAAAUCUGCUAAAAUUGAAACCAACAUUGAUGAGUUAUUGGUUGAAGCUGGCGGUAGACUAGAAAAAGAAAUUGAUUAUGUCAAAGAAACAUUGGGAGAUGGUUUUGAAAACACGAACCAAAUGUUAAUUCAAACACCAAACAAUGACAAUCAAAACAUUCUCCAUCCAAGUGCCUUACUUUCACAUUUAGAAGUUUUGAAAGUUGGUACUCAAGUCAGUGUGGAUAUGUUUUCAACGACAUGGCGUUUAAAAGAUAUAUGCUACACUUUGAGUAUUCCAGCCUUUGAAGAGCAACUUAUAGAUGCCGCUUUGGAUAAAUUAAUACCUUGCGCAAUAAUAACACCCUUGGAUUGUUUCUGGGAAGGUUCUAAAUUAUUAGGACCCGAGAUUACUAUACCUGUCAUCAAUUUGAAUUUUGCGUGGACCACUUUUAAUCCUCAAUCUUUGAUAGAGUUGGCCAAAAAUCGUACCCACUCAGGUCAUGGAUCACAUAAUCGCUAUCCAUUUGAAACAUUUGAAAAUCUUAUGAGCAGGGCUGGUAUAUCAACAGCUUACCAAGGACGUCCUUGUUUGAAUCCAGCAGACGAAGAAUGUCCGGAAAGUGCUCCAAAUAAACAUACAAACCGUGAGCCGGAUGUUAGUUAUGAACUGUCCGGAGGAUGUUAUGGUUUCGCCACCAAAUGGAUGCACUGGCCGGAACAACUUAUUAUUGGAGGAAUUAAGAAAAACAAGAAUGGUCGUAUUGUGAAAGCCCAUGCUCUUCAAUCUAUCAUCCAAUUAAUGGCGGAACAAGAUAUGUUUGCUUACUGGCAGGAUAAUGCUCGUGUUCUUCAUAUUGAUUGGACCAUCGAGAAAGCUCGUCAAGUGUUGGAAGCAUGGCAACGUAAAUUUGUGUCUGAAGUUGAUCGCUUCAUCAAAGAAAACUCAAUUGUUGAUUACAAAAUUGAAAAAUUUACCAAUGUGGCCUUGCUGGAUAUUAUGAAAAAUUUUUCUAUUCCUAACGCAACCCAUUUACUUAUUGGAUACUUUUUAUUUUUGAUAUUUACCGCUAUAUCUCGUAUUAAUAUCGGUAAUCCAAGUUACUCAUUGAGUGCUCUUGGCAUUUGUGGUGUUCUUCUUAUUGUGCUCUCCAUUGCUUCUGGCUUAGGAUUUUGCUGUCUCCUUGGCUUUACAUUUAAUGCAUCAACAACUCAGAUUAUUCCAUUUUUAGCCCUAGCGUUGGGGUCAGCGCCAUUAUUUUUUUUGAUGGACGCCUACGAAGAAAUUAUUUGUAAAGAUACUCAUUCAAAGAAUCCAAUUGCGGAUACACUUCAGCAAGCUGGAUUUAGCAUUUUACUCAAUUCAUUUUCCCUUUUAUGUGCACUUGGCGCUGCUACCAUAAUUCCUAUUCCUGCAUUAAGAUAUUUUGCUGCUCAAAAUGCCAUUUUACUCACAUUCAUCACCAUUUCUCUGUUGACAAUUUUUCCCGCCAUUAUGAGCUUGGAUUUACUGAGGAGAAAUUUUUCGAUAUCAUCAAAAAGCAAGAAUGAUUUUAGUCGGAAUAUUUCAACUGAAACUCCUUUGUACUACAAAUUAACAUUGGACUACUUCGUAGAAAAUAUUUAUUUACCUUUAUUCCAUGGAAGAUUUUUUAAAUUUUUGGUGAUGAUUGUUAGCUGUGUAAUUUAUCUGAUUUGCCUGUCAGGUGUGCCUCAAGUGAAAGACGGACUUGAUCUUACCGAUAUUGUUCCUCGUGACACAAGUGAAUAUCGAUUCCUCCAUAACCAAAAACAAUAUUUUAGUGUAUAUAAUAUGCAUGCGAUAACUCAAGGUAAUUUUGAGUAUCCCACCCACCAAGCUCUUCUUAUUGAUUACCACAACGCAUUCACUCGAGUUCCAAGAAUCAUUAAAAAUGAUGAUGGUGGAUUACCCGAGUUCUGGUUAACCAUGUUCAGAGAUUGGCUGAUCGGUUUGCAAAAUUCUUUUGAUAAAGAUUGGAAAAACGGGGCGAUCAGUCAAGAAAGAUGGUACGAUAAUGCUUCGGCAGAAGGAAUUUUAGGUUACAAGUUGCUCGUUCAAACUGGUAGGGUAGACAAUCCUGUCGACAAAAGUCUUGUUACGAAGACGAAACUCGUUGAUAGUCGAGGUAUCAUCAAUCCUAAAGCAUUUUAUAAUUAUUUGACUGCCUGGGUCACCAAUGAUGCGAUUGCUUAUUCAGCAUCCCAAGCAAAUUUUCAUCCAGAACCUCGUCAAUGGAUUCAUGUAGCAUCUGACUAUGAUUUAAAAAUACCAAAAUCUCAGCCUUUAACUUAUGCUGAAAUACCUUUUUACUUGCAUGAUAUGAACUCAACCGAGGAAAUUACCUCAACAAUUCAAGAAAUUAGGACAAUUUGUAAAGUUUAUGAGGAAAAAGGCCUGCCGAACUUCCCAACAGGACUUCCAUUCAAAUAUUGGGAACAGUAUAUUCGUUUGAGACUUUCAUUAGGUGCAUCUUUGAUCGUCGCUUUUGCAGCUAUUUUUGUUGCCUUUUGUGCUCUCUUGGUCAAUUGUUGGGCCUCCUCGUUGUUAAUAUUUGUUCUAGCUCUAACUAGUGUCCAAAUUUUUGGAUUUAUGGGCUUACUAAAAAUCAGGCUGAGUGCUAUUCCAGCCGUUAUUCUUAUUAUUGCCGUUGGCAAAAGCAUUCAUAUACUUAUUCAUAUGCUCAUGAGUUUCCUGACCAGUAUGGGUAAACGAGAUUAUCGGAUCUCAGCCGCUCUUCAUCACAUGUUCCCAUCUUUAGUUCGUAGUGAGAUAUCAACUUUCAUACCAAUUGGCAUGUUAGCAUUUUCUGAAUUUGACUUCGUCAAUAGAGACUUUUUUUACAUUUUUUCUGGAGCGGUUGCCAUCUCCAGUUGGAAUGGUCUUAUCUUAUAUCCUUUACUCUUAUUUUACUUUGGUCCACCCGGCGAACUCAUUCCAAUUGAAUAUGAGAAUCGAAUCUCAACUCCCUCGCCUCCUUGUUCACCUCCGGCAAAGAAGCGACACCAUCAUAAUUUAGUUUCAUAUUCACGACGUAUUUAUCCUCGUGUGCAAUCCGAGAUAUCCUUGUCAACUAUUUCAGAAGAACCACCUUCUUACAAAUCAUCUCACGAAAUUGUUGUUCAGCCUGAGUUGGUGGUGGAAACAACAACUGUGACCAAUACUGGGCCACAUCAAAUUCCAACUCAAACUACCUCACAUUUACCUGAUGAUAAAUCUGGUAUGCAUUCAUCAGCCUCGUCUUCUGAUCGUGAAAGUCCAGAAACUCCUCUGAGCCGAGAUAGCCCUACAUCUUCAAGUGAUAGCGGUGCUUCAUCAUUGAGUAGAUCAAGCUCAACAACCACAACUAUUUAUCCUUUAUACAAUCCUGGAAACUUGUAUUCAUAUCCACCUCAAACAGUGACUACCAAAGUAACUACGACGGCCAAGUUGAAAGUUGAACUUCACGCUCCUUAUCUAGAUCGGGAUUCCAGUUCAAGUCGCAAUAAAAAUAAAGAUCGUAGACAAAAUCGCUCUUGAUAAUCAUUAGUUUGAAUAUCAUUUUAAAGCUAAAUAUUUAAAUCUAAUAAAUCUAAAUCUUCACCAUCAUUAUCAUCAUUCACUGACACAUGUUAUCGAGCUCACAUCAUUCAUCUCUUCAUCCUUUUUAAUAUUUGUAAAUGAAAACAUUGUAACUUAAUUAGGAUCUUUUUUAAUAUUGUAAAUUAACAAUUCAAAACAUGUCUAUGCAUAAACUCAAAUAAAAAUGUAUACAGCGAA